AUGGUUGAGGGUGAAUCAAGCAAUGCAAGGGAGAGAAGGCUUAAAAUACAAGCCGAUUUGGCGGCAAUGACUCAAAGGAUGGAAGAGUCUGAUGCAGAGGAGUAUGUCUACUCUGAGGAGGAGUCUGAGAGCGAGAGACUGAGGGAGGAAAGGAGAACCAAAAAGAGGAAUGACUCCAUUAGUAGUGAGAGUGAGCAAGGAGAGUUUGAGAUUGGGGUGAACCUUGUUCAAGAGGAGGGUGAUGGUUCUCCAAGUGAAGAAGGAAGUGAUGACUCUGAAAGUGAAGAGGAAGGAGAGGAAGUGAAUCAAUUGGUUGAUGAGAGUGAGCAAGAGAGUAACCAAGAUGAACCCAUGGAGGUUGAGCCACAAGAGAAGGAGGAAGAACUCCCUAUGUACCAAGAGCACUACAAUGCUCUCUUCUCCAUGGAUUUUGUGAAAACAAGAUACCCACAUGUUGACACAAUGAAGGCCCUUGGAAUCUUUGAGGAUGUGGAGCUAGUUCUCAAGAACAUGCACUUGGGAAAGUUUUUCUCUCAUCUCACCUACAAAGAGCUCACUUGCGAGUUCUUGGCUUCAAUGAGCUCAACUGGAUACGCAAAGGAAGAAGGGAGAAGCCAUCUUGAAGACCAGCUCGACCGUCCACUCGACCAACCGGUCGAGUUCCUCAACUCGACCGGCCAAGCUUCAACUCGAUCGAGCUGGAAGUCAAAGUCAAACCCGAAAAAUGUUGCUUCCCCCUUGACUUUCCUUUGA